AUGGCAUUUAUGUGCAAGAAAUGCAAGAAGGCGUUCCGGAAAGAUAUGUCCAACUAUGACGAGAGUGAUGAAUACUGCCCUCAUUGCGAUAACCAUUAUGUCAUUGAAGCAAAAACGCCACAAGCAGUGCUGGGUGUUGAAGGCGAUGAUCCCAGAAUCGACGCGCGAAUGAUAAAAGAUGACCGUGUGAGGCAGGACCCAACCCGUUCAGUAUUUGUACAGGACUUCACAGACAAUAUUGGCUAG